AUGAACUUUACCAAAUUGCAUAACUCGACUCCAGAAUUGGAGUCUGAGUUCAAGGUUUCUUCUCUCUCGUUUAUGGAAGAACAUCGUUCAGUGUUGCCAUUUCAAAGGACUAAUGACUAUCGUAAGUUACUUCGUAUAGCGGCUCUCGUACUCAAGUUUCUUCGGAAACGAGUAUAUGAUCGAGUUCCGCCUCAUCGUCAAGUACGUCUCGGCCAGGUAAUUCCACUUUUAGCAGUCUCAUCAGAUGCGGAAGUCGUAGGUGAGGACAUUCGAGCUGCAGAACUGUUACUUCUCCGUGAACAUCAACGUGAGAGUACAGUUCAAUUGCGCUUGCGUCCGGUUAAUAACAAAUUCACCUACCAUGACGAUACCGGUCUGAUCCGAGUCGCUACACGGAUGAGAAAUGCCGAGCUAAUACGUACGGUCGACGAGCCCGUUUUACUCGCGCCAAAUCAUUUGCUGACCACUAUGAUCAUCAACAGAUGUCACCAGACUCUGUUCCAUGCGGAAACAGAACAGUUAGUCAGCGUAUUACGUCGUAGGUAUUUCAUACCGCGUAUUCGUGCGACCGCUCGUUCGGUGAUCAGAGGAUGUGUACCGUGUAGGAGGCAACAAGCACGACCCUACAAGUACCCCAAUCCUCCAGAUUUUCCGAUCGAAAGGGUUACCCGUAGUCGACAUUUCCAGCGGAUUGCUCUCGACUAUUUCGGACCUUCUUAG